GUGUGUGUGUGUGUGUGUGUAUUGGCUGCAGUAAUCAAAGUAUCUGGCCGGACAUUAGAAGGUGGAACGAGAUCAGUAGAAAACAUUUUGUUUAUUAAAAACACCUGAAGUGGGGAGGGAAUAUGUUUUCUACGCCGAGUGUGUUCAGCUUGGACCGAUCAGUGAAACAAAAACCCACCACGCACACACACACACACACACACACACACACAACCUGGCACUGGAGCAGAAAGAAGAGGCGCUGCACUGACUCGCCGGGUGUCUCGCGCGCUGACAGUCUCUCAGAGAUGUUGUUACCGCUUCACUGCAGAAGACAAACUGCAGCUCUCUGCAGCACAAUACUCAGCUGCUGCGCAUGUUUUACAUUUCUGUUAAUGCUUUGAUGCCUUGGCUGCACUGGACCCCCUUAGCUCGGACCCCCAAUGCCGCCCGGCUUCAAACGCGCUGCCUUUCCUCAGGACGCGGCGUGCAUGUGGCGCGAGGGGGAGCGAGGUGAAACGGGAAUACCUGCACCUCGAGUUACCCACUUAGUUAAAUGCCCCGUGCACACGCACGCACGUGCGCCGACGCAGGAAUCCGGGCGGCGCUCUCUCGUGCGCACACACACACGGCCUGCGUGCUAUAGAUAGAGGACGCGAGCUCGGCCUCGCGUUUGCGCUCAGAAGGCCGUCUUUGGCUCCCAAUCGGCCGCGAGGCUCUGAAGACGUUUGGCAUCGGAGAGGUCGGGUCGUCCCAACGGCGCCAACAUGCCAGAUCAAAGUGUUCAUUUAUAUAAAUAUAUAUAUACACAAACCCUCCGUGUUGCUACAGGGGGUCCCAGGCUGCUUGGUUCCCUCUUCGUCUUUCUUUCCAUGACUCCCAUCAGGUUCUGGUUGAAGGUUCAGCUUCAAGCCAAGUUAUUUUGACAGACCUCUUAUUGCUCUGUAUCGAGCCGCCUCCCCUUCAAAGGGCCCCUCGCAUACGCCGCUUCCAUCUUGAAGCGCUCCGUAGCGUGAAGGCUCAGACAGAUGUUUGUGUCUUUUUCAUAAUCCAUUUGAGAAGAACAUGCUGAGGGAGGGGAACCGACACGCCGGCCUGAGAGGGAAUCUGACGCCGUGGAAUAUGAUGCGGGCGCAUACAGCAGGGAGGCUUCUGGGCGAAGAAUCCGCUCAUCGCGUCCUGAGACGUGGUGAAUACCUCGUUUGUUUCGGGGGACACCGAUCUCUGAUUCUGCUUCUUCGGUGGCAUAAAAGUCCGCAACGAGUCGUCCAACGUCCGUCACCCGUCCGUCAUGGUUGGAGUCUGCUGCGUCGAGCUACUCGCCGUCAGUCGUUUCACUAAUGGCGCUUCUUCUCUCUCCGUCCCCAGAUGACUCCGGUUUGAGAGGCGGAGCCGGAGCGGCCGCCGUCGACGCCGAACGCGCCCCCGAGCUGGCAGGGAAACUGGUGCGUCCACGUUUCACGCAGCCCUCCAAGAUGAGGAAGCGGGUCAUCGCGCGGCCGGUGGGCAGCUCGGUGCGCCUCAAGUGCACGGCGAGCGGGAACCCCCGGCCCGACAUCGCGUGGCUGAAGGACGGCCGGCCGCUGGAGGACGAGGACGCCGCGGGAGGAGACGGAGACGGGCAGAAGAAGAAGAAGUGGACGCUGAGUCUGAGGAACCUGAUGCCCGAGCACAGCGGGAAGUACACGUGCCACGUGUCCAACAGGGCCGGAGAGAUCAACGCCACCUACAAGGUGGAAGUCAUACAGCGCACCAACUCCAAGCCCGUCCUGACGGGCACCCACCCCGUCAACACCACGGUGGACUACGGAGGCACCACGUCCUUCCAGUGCAAAGUCCGCAGCGACGUCAAGCCCGUCAUCCAGUGGCUGAAACGAGUGGAGCCCGGGGACGAGGACCGCUUCAACUCCACCAUAGAGGUGGGAGACCAUCGCUUCGUGGUCCUGCCGGCGGGGGAGGUGUGGUCUCGCCCCGACGGGUCCUACCUCAACAAGCUGCUGAUCACCAGAGCCAAGGAGGAGGACGCCGGCAUGUACAUCUGCCUGGGAGCCAACACCAUGGGCUUCAGCUUCAGGAGCGCCUACCUGACGGUGCUGCCAGAUCUGAAGCCCCAGAACAACGCCGUCCCCACGGCAACAUCGCCCAGCCUCCCCUGGCCCGUCAUCAUCGGGAUUCCGGCGGGUGUCGCCUUCAUCUUGGGCACCGCCCUGCUGUGGUUCUGCCAAUCCAAGCGCACCUGCUCCUCCUCCUCCUCCUCCUCCUCCGCUCUCCCCGCCGGCCAGCGUCCGCCCGCAGCGGCCAACCGGGAUCGAGCCGGCCCGGCGCCGCCUCCUCAGCCGGCCAACGGGGACAAAGAUUGUCUUUCGUACGAGGACUACGUCGCCCGCCAGCAGCUGCUGCUGGCUCAGGGAGGCGCCGCGGGGGCCCCCAAGGUCUACCCGAAGAUCUACACGGACAUACACACGCACACGCACUCGCACGUGGACGGGAAGGUGCACCAGCACCAGCACAUCCACUACCAGUGUUAGCGCACGCGCCGCGGCCCCACGUGCACGCGUUACACUCGUUCCCGUCAGUCCACGCCGCCGGGCGGAGCGAAGGAGCACGGAGGGUCACGGGGUCACGCCGCUCGUCCUCCUGCUGCUGCGGCCGUGACGUCGCGUCGCCUCAUUCAGGACACAAACAAUGAAGAAUGUAAAGAGAGAAGACAAACCGGGCGGUUUUUAGGUCAAUCUGGGAGCCGAUCCAGUGAAAACCCCCCCAAAGUGUUUUAUUGAAAACUUUUGGAUAUACAGAAUAUUUUUGUAUUUCAAACCCUUCUUUAGUUUCACCCAAACGCGUCUUUUAGUACUUUGGAUACAACCACAACCUCCUCCGUUACGGCUGAAACGCUCGCCGGCGCUGAGACAUAAUAAACUUCAUCCCGGGUGAUCUAUAAAGAACAAUAUAGCACGUAUGUGAUGUAACCGCUUGAUUUCCAAGUAUAACUCAGCGACGGAGCCGUACAACACGGGGAUGAAGGCAGCGAAGGCUGCGGCUUUCUUCUUCUUCUUCUGCGUUAAAUAAAAAUGUCCCGCCGCAUGAAUCUCUCAGCAGAGCGCCGGUGCGAUUCGGUGUCCGUGCGCCUUUUCCUCCCGCAGAAAAGGUUUCAUUUCCUGUUCAACGUUGUCGCCUUUUCAUCUUUGUUCGAGGAUGUCGGUUCUCCUCCUCCUCGUCGCGCGCGAAGGGGUCAUCGCCGACUCCUCGGUGCGACGAGGCGCCUUCGGAGAAUCGCCUCCAGGGUUCACGGAUCGCCGGCGGAUUAUUGGAUGCGUGUCACAGAUUCCCGUUGAUCUCUUAUGAGAUUUAGAGGACGUGAAAGGGUUUCAUCCUGAGCUCCUUGACUUAAAGUCCUCCCAAAGGCCUGGUCUCCACACGGCGAGGGGGGGGGUCCAUCCAAAGGGGGUGUUUGGGGAUAAAGAAGCUCUGAUCAGGAAAAUUUUAGGUAAAAUGAGGGAAUUCCGCUUUAAACUAACACAGGUUAGUUUCCUGCCAGAUAAUCUACAAAGAGCUCUGAUAGUUACUCAAUUAAUCGAAUCUCAGAAGUCUUCUCAGUCAGAGAGUGAAACAAUACAAAAGGUUCCAGUUGAUAAAAGUCAUGCUAAAUGACCGAAAGGUUGAAUGCUGCUCGGCAUGUAACGUAUUUUAAAGCAGUCACCGGGGCAUUUGAAUAUAUCACUUCCUGUCACAUGCUGGUUCUUCUUCCUGUUGAAGGUCUGCAGGGAAAAAGCUCCCUGUAACGAUCCCAAAACAGCCGAGUGACAAAAACACAUUUCCUCUCCAGAAACGAUGCGAACACAAUGUAGGUGUUGAACUACGGCAUCAGUAGCUUGUCCUCCCGUCUCCGCUGUCUGGAAACAUCUGUUGUGGAGGUGAACAGCUGGUUUGUGGACAGUUCUGUCCCCUCGGCUGGGCCCUUCUGUGAAAACGUCCCCUUCUUUCAUGUGAAUGUUUAGUUUCACGGUGUCAAAGCGAACCGACUGCCACUAAAGCGACUUUCGAACCACUAGCAUGAACGUUUUUGAACGUUUUUGCUCAUUUAGUGAGACUGUUUGUAAACCAAUUGGCCCACUUUACAUUAUAAAUGGUGAUAAUAAUUGUCUCAAGAUUUAAAAAGAAAGUUUCUAAUUUAUUUUCUUUUAAAAUAGUUUUUAUUUUCAUAUAAUUGGGCAUUAUACUGCAUGAGUGGAUUUUGUGUUGUAUGAGUCAUGAGCUAUGUAACAAAUACCGUGUUCAUGUCAUUGUAAGAUACUGUAUUUAUACGUACGGACGUAAUAUACAAAACUUUAUCGAUAAUCUUUGUAUCGACAAUCUUGUACAGUCUAUUGUCAUUUAGGGGAACAGUUUGUUCGUCCCGAUGUAAUCGAUUUAUUGUUGCCAUUAAAAGAUGUAGAUCUAC